AUGUUGACGCACUCGGCGCUCGCAGGCAGCGUCUUUGCUGGUUUGUCUGACGAGCUGAUCGCGUACUUCACGCUGUUCUUUGAACCGCUCGAUCUACUGCAGCUGUCGCACGUCAAUUCCGUUUUCUAUGUGUUUUGCCAGGAAGAUCCGCUCUGGAUGACGCAGUGUCUGCGUCUCCACAAUGGAAACUUUUCGUUCUAUCACAACUGGAAGCUCACGACUUUCUACCCGAGAGACCCACGGCCUCUCGCACACCUGGACAAAGCGUUUCGUCCAGUGGUCGUGAGGAACUUCAGCUCGGACUUUUUGUACCGGCGUUGGUGUCGCUGUCAUAUGGAGCUUGGCGAUGCUUUUCAGCUACGUAGUGAGGAGCAGGACCCGACGAUCCGUCGUUUGCAGAAGAUUGACGUGCAAGAUCUGACUUUCCGGGACUUUUACGAGCAACAUUCGAGAGUGCCGUUCAUCAUUUGCAAUGCACUGGUCGAGUGGAAGGCGUCGAAGGAGUGGACAAUGGAAAAACUGAGUGAAAGAUUUUUGAGCGACGUGAAGCAUCGCAUCACGCACAACCUGGAUAUCGUCUCCAGCAGUGCUACGAUGGAAAUGAGCUUUGCUGACUACAUCCAGUACGCCAGCCACCAACAUGACGAGACGCCGUUGUAUAUUUUUGACGCACAGUUUGGAGAGAAGAUGCCUUCGAUGCUUGAGGAAUACAGAAUUGAAGACUUGAAGGUGUUUGAGGAAGAUUUCCUGAGCGUCAGUGCCGAUCCAAAGGCGAUCGAUGGGAAUAAGACGCCUUCCACAGACGUAAACGUGGAAGUUGGAGGCAAAAAGGUCCGAAAGAGUACAAAGAAAAAGCGCUUUGUUGGUUCAGCACGACCCGAGUUCCGCUGGAUUGUCAUUGGACCGCAGCGGACCGGCGCUCCAUGGCACCAAGAUCCGGCGAGAACGUCUGCGUGGAACGCGCUUGUCAAGGGGCGAAAGCGGUGGGCGAUCUAUCCUCCCGAUACAGUACCACCAGGUGUGAAUGCCAGCAAGGAUGGCGAUAGUGGCGUGGGCAUGCCGUCACUCAUGUGGUAUUUGCACGUGUACCCUACUCUCACACCUGACCAAAAACCGCUCGAAAUCAUCCAAGAAGAGGGUGAGACGAUUUACGUACCCAACGGCUGGUGGCACCUCGUUCUCAAUCUGGACAUGACGAUCGCAGUCACCCAGAACAUGGUGGAUUCGCACAACGUAUUCAUGUUUAUGAAGGAUAUGAUCGACGAUGGUCAAGACGAAGCGCUGGCGGUACUACAGCACGAGCUCAGGAAAACGCGGCCGGAGACGUUUGACAUGUUUCGCCUUGUUCAGAUCCCUCGUAUGAGCGGAUACUUGAGCGAAGAUGCGUUCCAGCAGUCGUUCUGCAUCUUGAAGCAUUGGAAGCCUCAAUUAAAGAGAAUCCUCAAGCGCCACAAGGCGUUAGCUGUGCUGGAUACCAGUAGGAAUGUCGUUGAAAAAGUGAAGUAUCCCGCAAUGAAGAGUCUUACCUCGCGCGUGAACCCGGCAUUUGCGGUUGGAAAGCGUUUGCUGGUGAAGUUCUUUAGCCAGUACAACGAAAGCUGGGGCGAGUUUGACUUUGAGACAUACUUGACUCCAAAGUUUGACUCGACUGACAACGGGUUGUUGCAUCCGCCAAAGCGUCGUAAGCACAACGUCAUACAGUCGCACGAGUUGAAGAACGCGAUGUCCCUACGAUACGCAAUGGAGGAUUGUUUCCGCGUUGAGAGGACUGUGUACCAACUGCUUGAUCGAGCAGCGCGCGUGAACCCUUUGCACCGGUCGCUCCAAUCAAUGACCCCUCGUUUGCAUUACUCUGGUCACCUUCUCUAUCCGGACGAGGUGGACGAUAACGAAGGCGAAGGGUUGAUGUGGCGGUGGCCGUAUCUCAUAAUCGAGUACAAGCACAGCAGUGUUGGUCUCGACGUAAUUACGAAAAAGGGCGGUGCUACUCGCAAUAGCUGGAACAAAGUGGCUGCUUGGAUCAGUCGGGAGUUCUUGCCGAAGUUGCACUCAGUUCCCAUUGACCCAGAACAUCGAGGAAUUUACGGACACAGCAAAGCUGAGUGGGACUGGUACAUACAUUACAUGCUGCAUCGAAGAAAGCGCGCCGUGUCAUUCCACCUGGUCGAGAGCAGCCUUCCUUCACACUUACAGAAGUCGCUUGAAGACUUUCUGCCUGCAGCAAGCCACGAUGCAGUCGUCUCGCAGCUGCUUCCAGCAAACUUCUCGGAGAUUGGGCCCGUGCUACUGCACGGUGAUUUGACAGACGAAAACAUUCUUGGAUCUGAAGUGGACCGAAAGCCGAGAAAUGAGGCCGUGUCGAGCAUGGAGAAGGCCCAGGCGACUGGUGAUCUGUCGUCGUUCUUGACGUCCAUCGGGUGUGAGAAGUACAUUGCGCUUCUUGUGGAACAAGAGAAAGUCACGUUAGAGUCGCUGAGCCUGCUUGAUGAAGCCCAUCUAAAAGAGCUGGGUAUUCCUCUGGGACCCCGUGUUGCGAUUCUUCACGGGAAGCAGCUCACUGCCACGCAUGCUCGUGUGAUGGAAACCGAAGUUGGCGCGAGCAAUGGCGGCUGUAGUACCGAAGAGGAAUGGGAGACCAGCAGUGGAAGUAGUAGCAGUAGUGGUGAAGAGGAGAGUGAGAUAGACGUCACGACGCCCGUCGGACAGGCAGCCAUUGAAGCAAAGCGCAAGGAGAAGUUUGCUGGGCCACAUGAGUGGAUGCCAACGUCCGUGAUCGACUUCGCAGACGCGAAAACGGGCGAUCCAUUGUACGACCUCGUCGCUGUCUUCUUCGCUGCACUGCAUUGUGACCGCGAGCUGUGGAAGAUAACGCUGGCGUCGGCGUACUGGCAAAAAUACAUCGAUCGAGAGAAGCAGAGCAGCAGCACACUGCAACGGCGGUGUCUCCGGGAGCGCUUUCUGCAGUUGGUCCUACUGCAUCCGAGUCAUUCAGCCAAGGGGCUGUUUCACUACUUCCCUCGAGCAGCACGAAGUGCGACCUGGGAGGGCCUCGCACACGCGAUUUUUGACGACUUGUUCUGA